AUGGAAGCCGACCAUUCAAGCCAGGCGCGCUCCAUGGAGUCGUCAACUCUACUCAAGAUCCUCCACUGGGACAAAUUGUUCGAAUCCGAUACUCCUCCCAGGCUUGGGAUUCCAGUUGACAAGCGGCUACCGUUUACGGCGCUGUCAGCUUUCUCUGUCGGCAUGGCGAUCGGAUCUUCUCACGGCAGCAAAAAAGCUGCGUACCGGUUUCGCGCCGAAAAUGCCCAUCGCUUCCCGACCACAUCGACGGGAUGGUUCCAAUACCACAAGACGAAGAAUUACAUAGCCAUUGUUGGAGGUGUUAAAGAAGGGUUGAAGAUGGGGCUUAAGCUGAGUGCUGGUGCUCUUGCAUUCUGCCUUUUCGAAGAAACGGUGGACUAUGCUCGGCACGACAAGAGGGAUUUCUUGUCAACGGUCACAGCCGGACUGUCCUUUUCAGGUAUUUACAGUCUGCUAGCCCGACACGACGUAUACACCGCUGCUCGCACAACGAAACUAGGGCUGAAACUGAGUCUCGCUUAUGGGUUGAUGCAGGACGCUCUUGAGACGCUAAAGGGGAACAGGCCGGCUUAUGUGAACUUCAUCCUGGGUAACCGUCAUGGGGACAAAUGA